UCUGACUCUUGGUCUCCUAGACGACCAUGCGCUUGAUAUACGUCGCGGUUCUUGCCGCUUUACUGUCCCUCGCGGCGUCCCAAUCAUCAUUACCCGUAACCGCAGUGGGUGCACCGGAAAUAAAAGCUCAGCCAUGCUGUGAAAGUGUUCGACAAACUCUCAUAGAAAUACGAAAGGAUAUCCGGCUGUGGCUACUCGAUAGGCUGUUCGGAAAAUUGAUUCUUCUUCAUGACGGAGAACUUUUGGGAAACCCAAACUAUGUGAAUUGUGCAAACGGAAAAAACCAAAUUACCGUGCAAGACCAAAGUUCUCAAAUUAUCCACCAAUUAGGUACCAAUCCAAGCCAAUCAAGUGACACGACCACCACAACAUCCUCCGAUGAAAAAGAUCUGCUGGGAUCAUUGAGAGACCUCUACAAUGGGGUCACCCAAUCGAGCACCACCAACGGAAGCUCUGGUCUUUCCUCUUCCUCAACAACGACAACAACCACCACAAAAUCCAACGAUGAAAGCAAUCAGUCUGCUUCAGAGUCUGAGCCCGUUGUCGAUACCAGUGAGUCCAGCAGCACUUUUGAAGGUGGAGACUCGAAUCAGUCCUCCUCCUCUACAAAGAAAACAACCACCACAACUUCAGAGUCUGAGCCCGUUGUCGAUGCCAGCGAGUCCAGCAGCACCGUUGAAGGUGGAGACUCGAAUCAGUCCUCUUCUUCUACAACGACUACAGCCACCACAACAUCCAACGAUGAAAGCAAUCAGUCUGCUUCAGAGUCUGAGCCCGUUGUCGAUGCAAGUGAGUACAGCAGCACCGUUGAAGGUGGAGAUUUGAAUCAGUCCUCUUCUUCUACAACGACUACAACCACCACCACAUCCAACGAUGAAAGCAAUCAGUCUGCUUCAGAGUCUGAGCCUAUUGUCGAUGCCAGUGAGUCCAGCAGCACUGUUGAAGGUGGAGACUCGAACCAGUCCUCCUCCUUUACAACGACAACAACCACCACAACUUCAGAGUCUGACCCUGUUGUCGAUGCCAGUGAGUCCAGCAGUACUGUUGAAGGUGGAGACUCGAAUCAGUCCGCCUCCUCUUCUACAACGGCAACCACAACUUCAGAGUCUGAGCCCGUUGUCGAUGCCAGCGAGUCCAGCAGCACCGUUGAAGGUGGAGACUCGAACCAGUCCUCCUCCUCUACAACGACAACAACCACCACAACUUCAGAGUCUGACCCUGUUGUCGAUGCCAGUGAGUCCAGCAGUACUGUUGAAGGUGAAGACUCGAAUCAGUCCGCCUCCUCCUCUACAACGACAACAACCACCACAACUUCAGAGUCUGAGCCCGUUGUCGAUGCCAGCGAGUCCAGCAGCACCGUUGAAGGUGGAGACUCGAACCAGUCCUCCUCCUCUACAACGACAACAACCACCACAACUUCAGAGUCUGACCCUGUUGUCGAUGCCAGUGAGUCCAGCAGUAGAGUUGAAGGUGGAGACUCGAAUCAGUCCGCCUCCUCUUCUACAACGACAACCACAACUUCAGAGUCUGAGCCCGUUGUCGAUGCCAGCGAGUCCAGCAGCACCGUUGAAGGUGGAGACUCGAACCAGUCCUCCUCCUCUACAACGACAACAACCACCACCACUUCAGAGUCUGACCCUGUUGUCGAAGCCAGUGAGUCCAGCAGUACAGUUGAAGGUGAAGACGGAGACUCGAAUCAGUCCGCCUCCUCUUCUACAACGGCAACCACAACUUCAGAGUCUGAGCCCGUUGUCGAUGCCAGCGAGUCCAGCAGCAACGUUGAAGGUGGAGACUCGAACCAGUCCUCCACCUCUACAACGACAACAACCACCACCACUUCAGAGUCUGACCCUGUUGUCGAUGCCAGUGAGUCCAGCAGUACAGUUGAAGAUGGAGACUCGAAUCAGACCGCCUCCUCUUCUACAACGACAACCACAACUUCAGAGUCUGAGCCCGUUGUCGAUGCCAGCGAGUCCAGCAGCACCGUUGAAGGUGGAGACUCGAACCAGUCCUCCUCCUCUACAACGACAACAACCACCACAACUUCAGAGUCUGACCCUGUUGUCGAUGCCAGUGAGUCCAGCAGCACUGUUGAAGGUGGAGACUCGAAUCAGUCCGCCUCCUCUUCUACAACGACAACAACCACCACAACUUCAGAGUCUGACCCUGUUGUCGAUGCCAGUGAGUCCAGCAGUACUGUUGAAGGUGGAGACUCGAAUCAGUCCGCCUCCUCCUCUACAACGACAACAACCACCACAACUUCAGAGUCUGAGCCCGUUGUCGAUGCCAGUGAGUCCAGCAGUACUGUUGAAAGUGAAGACUCGAAUCAGUCCGCCUCCUCCUCUACAAUGACAACAACCACCACCACUUCAGAGUCUGACCCUGUUGUCGAUGCCAGUGAGUCCAGCAGUACUGUUGAAGGUGGAGACUCGAAUCAGUCCGCAUCCUCCUCUACAACGACAACAACCACCACAACUUCUGAGUCUGAGCCCGUUGUCGAUGCCAGCGAAUCCAGCAGCACCGUUGAAGGUGGAGACUCGAACCAGUCCUCCUCCUCUACAACGACAACAACCACCACAUCUUCAGAGUCUGACCCUGUUGUCGAUGCCAGUGAGUCCAGCAGCACUGUUGAAGGUGGAGACUCGAAUCAGUCCGCCUCCUCCUCUACAACGAUAACCACAACUUCAGAGUCUGAGCCCGUUGUCGAUGCCAGCGAGUCCAGCAGCACCGUUGAAGGUGGAGACUCGAAUCAGUCCUCCUCCUCUACAACGACAACAACCACCACGACUUCAGAGUCUGACCCUGUUGUCGAUGCCAGUGAGUCCAGCAGCACUGUUGAAGGUGGAGACUCGAAUCAGUCCGCCUCCUCCUCUACAACGAUAACCACAACUUCAGAGUCUGAGCCCGUUGUCGAUGCCAGCGAGUCCAGCAGCACCGUUGAAGGUGGAGACUCGAAUCAGUCCUCCUCCUCUACAACGACAACAACCACCACGACUUCAGAGUCUGACCCUGUUGUCGAUGCCAGUGAGUCCAGCAGCACUGUUGAAGGUGGAGACUCGAAUCAGUCCUCCUCCUCUUCUACAACGAUAACCACAACUUCAGAGUCUGAGCCCGUUGUCGAUGCCAGCGAGUCCAGCAGCACCGUUGAAGGUGGAGACUCGAAUCAGUCCUCCUCCUCUACAACGACAACAACCACCACGACUUCAGAGUCUGACCCUGUUGUCGAUGCCAGUGAGUCCAGCAGCACUGUUGAAGGUGGAGACUCGAAUCAGUCCUCCUCCUCUUCAACAACGAUAACCACAACUUCAGAGUCUGAGCCCGUUGUCGAUGCCAGCGAGUCCAGCAGCACCGUUGAAGGUGGAGACUCGAAUCAGUCCUCCUCCUCUACAACGACAACAACCACCACGACUUCAGAGUCUGACCCUGUUGUCGAUGCCAGUGAGUCCAGCAGCACUGUUGAAGGUGGAGACUCGAAUCAGUCCGCCUCCUCCUCUACAACGACAACAACCACCACAACUUCAGAGUCUGAGCCCGUUGUCGAUGCCAGCGAGUCCAGCAGCACCGUUGAAGGUGGAGACUCGAAUCAGUCCUCCUCCUCUACAACGACAACAACCACCACGACUUCAGAGUCUGACCCUGUUGUCGAUGCCAGUGAGUCCAGCAGCACUGUUGAAGGUGGAGACUCGAAUCAGUCCUCCUCCUCUUCAACAACGAUAACCACAACUUCAGAGUCUGAGCCCGUUGUCGAUGCCAGCGAAUCCAGCAGCACCGUUGAAGGUGGAGACUUGAAUCAGUCCUCCUCCUCUACAACGAACACUACAACUUCAGAGUCUGAGCCCGUUGUCGAUGCCAGCGAGUCCAACAGCACUGUUGAAGGUGGAGACUCGAACCAGUCCUCCUCCUCUACAACGACAACUAACACCACCACUUCAGAGUCUGACCCUGUUGUCGAUGCCAGUGAGUCCAGCAGUACUGUUGAAGGUGGAGACUCGAAUCAGUCCUCCUCCUCUUCUACAACGAUAACCACAACUUCAGAGUCUGAGCCCGUUGUCAAUGCCAGCGAGUCCAGCAGCACCGUUGAAGGUGGAGACUCGAAUCAGUCCUCCUCCUCUACAACGACAACAACCACCACGACUUCAGAGUCUGACCCUGUUGUCGAUGCCAGUGAGUCCAGCAGCACUGUUGAAGGUGGAGACUCGAACCAAUCCUCCUCCUCUACAACGACAACAACCACCACAACUUCAGAGUCUGAGCCCAUUGUCGAUGCCAGUGAGUCCAGCAGCACUGUUGAAGGUGGAGACUCGAACCAGUCCUCCUCCUCUACAACGACAACAACCACCACCUCUUCAGAGUCUGACCCUGUUGUCGAUGCCAGUGAGUCCAGCAGCACUGUUGAAGGUGGAGACUCGAACCAGUCCUCCUCCUCUACAACGACAACAACCACCACCACUUCAGAGUCUGACCCUGUUGUCGAUGCCAGUGAGUCCAGCAGUACUGUUGAAGGUGGAGACUCGAAUCAGUCCGCCUCCUCUUCUACAACAAUAACCACAACUUCAGAGUCUGAGCCCGUUGUCGAUGCCAGCGAGUCCAGCAGCACCGUUGAAGGUGGAGACUCGAAUCAGUCCUCCUCCUCUACAACGAACAUCACAACUUCAGAGUCUGAGCCCGUUGUCGAUGCCAGCGAGUCCAACAGCACUGUUGAAGGUGGAGACUCGAACCAGUCCUCCUCCUCUACAACGACAACAACCACCACCACUUCAGAGUCUGACCCUGUUGCCGAUGCCAGUGAGUCCAGCAAUACUGUUGAAGGUGGAGACUCGAAUCAGUCCGCCUCCUCCUCUACAACGACAACAACAACCACAACUUCAGAGUCUGAGCCCGUUGUCGAUGCCAGCGAGUACAGCAGCACCGUUGAAGGUGGAGACUUGAACCAGUCCUCCUCCUCUACAACGACAACAACCACCACAGCUUCAGAGUCUGACCCUGUUGCCGAUGCCAGUGAGUCCAGCAAUACUGUUGAAGGUGGAGACUCGAAUCAGUCCGCCUCCUCCUCUACAACGACAACAACCACCACAACUUCAGAGUCUGAGCCCGUUGUCGAUGCCAGCGAGUACAGCAGCACCGUUGAAGGUGGAGACUUGAACCAGUCCUCCUCCUCUACAACGACAACAACCACCACAGCUUCAGAGUCUGACCCUGUUGUCGAUGCCAGUGAGUCCAGCAGUACUGUUGAAGGUGGAGACUCGAAUCAGUCCGCCUCCUCUUCUACAACGGCAACCACAACUUCAGAGUCUGAGCCCGUUGUCGAUGCCAGCGAGUCCAGCAGCACCGUUGAAGGUGGAGACUCGAUUCAGUCCGCCUCCUCCUCUACAACGACAACAACCACCACAACUUCAGAGUCUGACCCUGUUGUCGAUGCCAGUGAAUCCAGCAGCACUGUUGAAGGUGGAGACUCGAAUCAGUCCGCCUCCUCCUCUACAACGACAACAACCACCACCACUUCAGAGUCUGACCCUGAUGUCGAUGCCAGUGAGUCCAGCAGCACUGUUGAAGGUGGAGACUCGAAUCAGUCCGCCUCCUCUUCUACAACGACAACAACCACCACAACUUCAGAGUCUGACCCUGUUGUCGAUGCCAGUGAGUCCAGCAGUACUGUUGAAGGUGGAGACUCGAAUCAGUCCGCCUCCUCCUCUACAACGGCAACCACAACUUCAGAGUCUGAGCCCGUUGUCGAUGCCAGCGAGUCCAGCAGCACCGUUGAAGGUGGAGACUCGAUUCAGUCCGCCUCCUCCUCUACAACGACAACAACCACCACAACUUCAGAGUCUGACCCUGUUGUCGAUGCCAGUGAAUCCAACAGCACUGUUGAAGGUGGAGACUCGAACCAGUCCUCCUCCUCUACAACGACAACAACCACCACCACUUCAAAGUCAGACCCUGUUGUCGAUGCCAGUGAGUCCAGCAGUACUGUUGAAGGUGGAGACUCGAAUCAGUCCGCCUCCUCCUCUACAACGACAACAACCACCACAACUUCAGAGUCUGAGCCCGUUGUCGAUGCCAGCGAGUCCAACAGCACUGUUGAAGGUGGAGACGCGAACCAGUCCUCCUCCUCUACAACGACAACAACCACCACAACUUCAGAGUCUGAGCCCGUUGUCGAUGCCAGCGAGUACAGCAGCACCGUUGAAGGUGGAGACUCGAUUCAGUCCGCCUCCUCCUCUACAACGACAACAACCACCACAACUUCAGAGUCUGAGCCCGUUGUCGAUGCCAGCGAGUACAGCAGCACCGUUGAAGGUGGAGACUCGAUUCAGUCCGCCUCCUCCUCUACAACGACAACAACCACCACAACUUCAGAGUCUGAGCCCGUUGUCGAUGCCAGCGAGUCCAACAGCACUGUUGAAGGUGGAGACACGAACCAGUCCUCCUCCUCUACAACGACAACAACCACCACAACAUCAGAGUCUGAGCCCGUUGUCGAUGCCAGCGAGUACAGCAGCACCGUUGAAGGUGGAGACUCGAUUCAGUCCGCCUCCUCCUCUACAACGACAACAACCACCACAACUUCAGAGUCUGAGCCCGUUGUCGAUGCCAGCGAGUACAGCAGCACCGUUGAAGGUGGAGACUCGAUUCAGUCCGCCUCCUCCUCUACAACGACAACAACCACCACAACUUCAGAGUCUGACCCUGUUGUCGAUGCCAGUGAAUCCAGCAGCACUGUUGAAGGUGGAGACUCGAAUCAGUCCGCCUCCUCCUCUACAACGACAACAACCACCACCACUUCAGAGUCUGACCCUGUUGUCGAUGCCAGUGGGUCCAGCAGCACUGUUGAAGGUGGAGACUCGAACCAGUCCUCCUCCUCUACAACGACAACAACCACCACAACUUCAGAGUCUGACCCUGUUGUCGAUGCCAGUGGGUCCAGCAGCACUGUUGAAGGUGGAGACUCGAACCAGUCCUCCUCCUCUACAACGACAACAACCACCACAACUUCAGAGUCUGACCCUGUUGUCGAUGCCAGUGGGUCCAGCAGCACUGUUGAAGGUGGAGACUCAAACCAGUCCUCCUCCUCUACAACGACAACAACCACCACCACUUCAGAGUCUGACCCUGUUGUCGAUGCCAGUGAGUCCAGCAGCACUGUUGAAGGUGGAGACUCGAAUCAGUCCGCCUCCUCUUCUACAACGACAACAACCACCACAACUUCAGAGUCUGACCCUGUUGUCGAUGCCAGUGGGUCCAGCAGCACUGUUGAAGGUGGAGACUCGAACCAGUCCUCCUCCUCUACAACGACAACAGCCACCACAACUUCAGAGUCUGAGCCCGUUGUCGAUGCCAGCGAAUCCAGCAGCACCGUUGAAGGUGGAGACUUGAAUCAGUCCUCUUCCUCUACAACGAACACCACAACUUCAGAGUCUGAGCCCGUUGUCGAUGCCAGCGAGUCCAACAGUACUGUUGAAGGUGGAGACUCGAAUCAGUCCUCCUCCUCUACAACGACAACAACCACCACAACUUCAGAGUCUGAGCCCGUUGUCGAUGCCAGCGAAUCCAGCAGCAUCGUGGAAGGUGGAGACUUGAAUCAGUCCUCUUCCUCUACAACGAACAUCACAACUUCAGAGUCUGAGCCCGUUGUCGAUGCCAGCGAGUCCAACAGCACUGUUGAAGGUGGAGACUCGAACCAGUCCUCCUCCUCUACAACGACAACAACCACCACCACUUCAGAGUCUGACCCUGUUGCCGAUGCCAGUGAGUCCAGCAGUACAGUUGAAGGUGGAGACUCGAAUCAGUCCGCCUCCUCCUCUACAACGACAACAACCACCACAUCUUCAGAGUCUGAGCCCGUUGUCGAUGCCAGCGAGUACAGCAGCACCGUUGAAGGUGGAGACUCGAACCAGUCCUCCUCCUCUACAACGACAACAACCACCACAGCUUCAGAGUCUGACCCUGUUGUCGAUGCCAGUGAGUCCAGCAGUACUGUUGAAGGUGGAGACUCGAAUCAGUCCGCCUCCUCUUCUACAACGGCAACCACAACUUCAGAGUCUGAGCCCGUUGUCGAUGCCAGCGAGUCCAGCAGCACCGUUGAAGGUGGAGACUCGAUUCAGUCCGCCUCCUCCUCUACAACGACAACAACCACCACAACUUCAGAGUCUGACCCUGUUGUCGAUGCCAGUGAAUCCAGCAGCACUGUUGAAGGUGGUGACUCGAAUCAGUCCGCCUCCUCUUCUACAACGACAACAACCACCACCUCUUCAGAGUCUGACCCUGUUGUCGAUGCCAGUGAGUCCAGCAGCACUGUUGAAGGUGGAGACUCGAAUCAGUCCGCCUCCUCUUCUACAACGACAACAACCACCACAACUUCAGAGUCUGACCCUGUUGUCGAUGCCAGUGAGUCCAGCAGUACUGUUGAAGGUGGAGACUCGAAUCAGUCCGCCUCCUCCUCUACAACGACAACAACCACCACAACUUCAGAGUCUGAACCCGUUGUCGAUGCCAGCGAGUACAGCAGCACCGUUGAAGGUGGAGACUCGAACCAGUCCUCCUCCUCUACAACGACAACAACCACCACAGCUUCAGAGUCUGACCCUGUUGUCGAUGCCAGUGAGUCCAGCAGUACUGUUGAAGGUGGAGACUCGAAUCAGUCCGCCUCCUCUUCUACAACGGCAACCACAACUUCAGAGUCUGAGCCCGUUGUCGAUGCCAGCGAGUCCAGCAGCACCGUUGAAGGUGGAGACUCGAUUCAGUCCGCCUCCUCCUCUACAACGACAACAACCACCACAACUUCAGAGUCUGACCCUGUUGCCGAUGCCAGUGAGUCCAGCAGUACUGUUGAAGGUGGAGACUCGAAUCAGUCCGCCUCCUCCUCUACAACAACAACAACCACCACCUCUUCAGAGUCUGACCCUGUUGUCGAUGCCAGUGAGUCCAGCAGCACCGUUGAAGGUGGAGACUCGAAUCAGUCCGCCUCCUCUUCUACAACGACAACAACCACCACAACUUCAGAGUCUGACCCUGUUGUCGAUGCCAGUGAGUCCAGCAGUACUGUUGAAGGUGGAGACUCGAAUCAGUCCGCCUCCUCCUCUACAACGACAACAACCACCACAACUUCAGAGUCUGAGCCCGUUGUCGAUGCCAGCGAAUCCAGCAGCACCGUUGAAGGUGGAGACUUGAAUCAGUCCUCCUCCUCUACAACGAACACUACAACUUCAGAGUCUGAGCCCGUUGUCGAUGCCAGCGAGUCCAACAGCACUGUUGAAGGUGGAGACUCGAACCAGUCCUCCUCCUCUACAACGACAACUAACACCACCACUUCAGAGUCUGACCCUGUUGUCGAUGCCAGUGAGUCCAGCAGUACUGUUGAAGGUGGAGACUUGAAUCAGUCCGCCUCCUCCUCUACAACGACAACAACCACCACAACUUCAGAGUCUGAGCCCGUUGUCGAUGCCAGCGAGUCCAACAGCACUGUUGAAGGUGGAGACUCGAACCAGUCCUCCUCCUCUACAACGACAACAACCACCACCACUUCAGAGUCUGACCCUGUGUUCGAUGCCAGUGAGUUCAACAGCACUGUUGAAGGUGAAGACUCGAACCAGUCCUCCUCCUCUACAACGACAACAACCACCACGACUUCAGAGUCUGACCCUGUUGUCGAUGCCAUUGAGUCCAGCAGCACUGUUGAAGGUGGAGACUCGAAUCAGUCCGCCUCCUCCUCUACAACGACAACAACCACCACAACUUCAGAGUCUGAGCCCAUUGUCGAUGCCAGUGAGUCCAGCAGCACUGUUGAAGGUGGAGACUCGAAUCAGUCCGCCUCCUCCUCUACAACGACAACAACCACCACAGCUUCAGAGUCUGACCCUGUUGUCGAUGCCAUUGAGUCCAGCAGCACUGUUGAAGGUGGAGACUCGAAUCAGUCCGCCUCCUCCGCUACAACGACAACAACCACCACCACUUCAGAGUCUGACCCUGUUGUCGAUGCCAGUGAUUCCAGCAGCACUGUUGAAGGUGGAGACUCGAACCAGUCCUCCUCCUCUACAACGACAACUACCACCACAACCUCAGAGUCUGAGCCCGUUGUCGAUGCCAGCGAAUCCAGCAGCACCGUUGAAGGUGGAGACUUGAAUCAGUCCUCUUCUUCUACAACGACUACAACCACCACAACAUCCAACGAUGAAAGUAAUCAGUCUGCUUCCGAGUCCGACCCCGCUGUCGAUGCCGGCGAGUCCGGCAGCACCGUUGUCGGUGAAGAUUCGAGUCAGUCCUCUUCCUCUACAACGACAAAAACCACCACAGCUUCAGAGUCGGAUCCCGUUGUCGAUGCCAGCGAGUCCAGCAGCAGCGUCGAAGGUGGAGACUCGAAUCAGUCCUCUUCUUCUACGACAACAACUACCUCCACAUCCAAUGAUGAAAAGGAUAAGUCAAGCUCCUCGUCUGACCCAGGUGUCUAUAGUCGCACAAGUAAAAAGGGUGGAAGCUCAAGUCAGUCCUCUUCCACCACGACAACAAUCACAACAUCUUCUAGUGGAAAUACUCCGACAAGCUCCUCGUCGAAGCCAGUUGUUAAUGUGAGCCAAUCAAGCUCCACUAAGGGUAACGGAGGUUCGAAGAAGUCUUCUUCAACUAAAACAACCACUAUAACAACAUCAAUCAAUGGCAAACCUGUUGUAGAUGCCAGUCAGGGAAGCACUGUUGUUAAUGGUGGAAAAUCAAGCUCGACGUCAAGCAAAACUACAAAGACGUAUACUUCGAGCUCUUCGAGGAUUCCUGAGAAGAACAGAAAAUCAAGCUCAACCACAAGCAAAACUACCAAGACCUAUUCCUCUAGCUCAUCAGGUGUUCCCAAGGCACUUCAAAAGUCAUCGUCAAGCGAAAGUGCACCCACAUCUUUGUCGGAUGUGCCAAAGUCGAAUGGAAAGUCAGGCUCUACCUCAAGCAAAACUACAACCACAUAUACAUCUAGUUCUUUGAAAGUACCUAAGACUAAAACAUCAUAUUCCUGGUCAAGUUCAUCCAAGAAAAUAUCCAAUGGUGGUAAAGCUUAUGGGGUUCCAGUUCCAGGUUCAACCACAGGCAAGUCCGGUUCAGGUUCAAGAAAGGCAUGGUCAAAGCGUUCCACCACUCAAAUCACUAGCCAACCAGCAACUGAUGCGUCUUCCAUAGAUGGCGGAUCGAACUCAUGGUCUAAACUUAUCAAAAGGGCUACGCCGGGCUCAUUGACAGAAGAUGAAACUUCUGGCAGGGGCAUAGGAUCUCGUGGCUCACAUUCUUGGUCUCAGCGCUCAGGCUUCUCUGGUGAUAGCUCUGAUUUAACCGGCUCCGCAGACUUCCGUGCCAGAUUUGGCAGGGACCGCAACGGUCGCAAUGAGCUGCCCAACUCAGGAAAUCAAGGGUCCCGAUCAUGGACAAAAACAUCCUCAGAAGCCAAUGAAAACGACACCGAAAACGCAGAUGAUAAUGUGGCAUCUGAAGAUAAUUCAGAAGACAUGAAAAAUGUGCAGGAAUCAAGUUCCGGCGAUGAAACAUCAGAUCAAGCUGGCUCACUGCAAGGCUCCGGACAGUACCCCGGGCAAUACUGGUGGGGAGGAAACAGACGUUGGGUUGGAGCCCGACCUAAUUGGCGGUACGGAUGGCGUCCAUAUGGAAGCGGUUGGGGUGGAUGGAACAAUCGUUAUCAAAAGUCGUGGACCGCAUAAAUGGGGUUGGGCCCUCGGCACGGUACGACUAUAGACUUUCAGUUAAAUGAUUGAUUUUAACGAUUGUAAAAUAUAUAUGCAUUUGAAUAUUA